AUGGAUCCUACAUCCACCCCGCGACAUCCAGAUCGCUUCAAAUUGGGGGCUACGGACCCAGUUCCUUCCUCUUCGCCUGCAUUUGCGACACCAGCACGACCAUUUCGAAUGCAAAAGACACAUGCUCCGCCAACCAAGACAUCUGUCUUACCCAUUCUGCUCCCUCCGUCUACGCUUCGACCAGUGGCAUUUCGAACAUUUACUCGCAAGCACAACCUGACCAUCUCAUCAUCGGCCCUGCAAACCCUAGCAGUGUUUGUGGGAAAGAACUGUGGGUCAGGAUGGCGAGAGGAAGGGCUUGCAGAGCGAGUUUUCGAUGAGGUGGCCAAGUUCUGGAAGAGAGCUGGAGGGGGCGUCAUCGUGGAAGAAGGGAAAGGUGCAUCCCUGAAAACAAUCCUACAGACCCUCGAGGGAGGUAUGAGUGGUGGAAGAGUGGUUGCUGGGAAACUAAGCCCCCAAGAUGGAUCCGGAAGGUCAUUGGGAAAUGGCUUGGAUGCUGAUCGCACAGAAUCCAUGACCGAAGGGGCUAGACCAGGAGAUCCGGACGAGGAUGAUUCUAAGCUCUCACUGUACCCACGCCACUGGUUCAAGGCUAUCGAUGCUUUCCAGCUUCCGCGCCUGACAUACAAUGUUGACAAAAAAUACUUCGAGGCGAUAAAAUCCAAGCCUACGUUAUUCCCACCCCCCUCACACAAGACUGCUCUGUUCAGAGAUCGCUAUAAUUUGGUCUAUCAGCGCUUGCUUCGAAAUGAGACCUUUCAAAGCUCCCUGGGGGUUACGGGUGUUCCUUCUCUGCAGCGAUCGUCCUCCAAUCUGGCAACUCAACAAUCGUACAAGUUAACCCCGAUUGCGAACCUCCUGGGCCGAAGUGGUAGCUCGCAUCUUUUGUUAGGGCUUCUGUCAAUUUCCCCAACUGGUGAUUUGACUUUGGUAGAUUUAACAGGAAGCGUGGCCUUGGACCUCAGCCACGCACGCAUGAUCCCGGAGGAUGGCGCAUGGUUUGCACCAGGCAUGAUUGUGCUUGUGGAUGGGAUCUAUGAAGAAGAGGAGAUGGUGCAGGGAUCUUUAUUAGGAGGAAAUUCUGGAGUUGGAGGUGCCAUUGGGGGACACUUCGUCGGGGUAUCGAUCUGCGGUCCUCCCUGUGAGCGAAGAGAUAUCUCAUUAGGCACAAACAGCCGUCAAGGGAAUGGGGAGCUGAGCUCAAGCGGUGGAUUUGGAUGGGUCGAUUUCCUAGGGAUUGGGAGUGAAAGAGCACAGGGUGCACGAAUGAGGAGGGUUCAAGAUAGAUGUCUUCGAGGGGAACCAGAGGCAAUGGAGGCACCGCCUCGGCUCAAAAUGGCCGUCAUGAGCGAAAUCAAUCUCGACAAUAUGAGGGCUUUGGAUGCCCUGCGAAAAGUUUUCAGCACCUACAAUGAUCUUGCUCUUGCAGACCGUCCACAGACCUUUGUUUUGAUUGGAAAUUUUGUGCAGAAAGCGAUCAUAAACGGAGGUGGCCGAGCUGGGAGCAUAGAAUACAAAGAACAUUUCGACUCCCUCGCGGUGGUUUUAUCCGAGUUUCCUGCGUUGCUGCAGCAUUCAUCCUUUGUCUUCGUUCCCGGUGACAAUGAUCCAUGGGCGUCCGCAUUCUCUGCUGGGGCUGCAUCAACCAUACCGCGCCAGCCAAUACCCGAGCUGUUUACCUCUCGAAUUAAGCGUGCAUUUGCAACAGCAAACUCGGAAACAGAUCGUUCUCAGACUUCAGAACCGAUGGGCGAGGCGUUGUGGACUUCAAACCCGGCGCGCCUCUCUUGGUUUGGGCCUGUGCACGACAUUGCCAUCUUUCGUGACGAUAUUUCAGGAAGACUGAGGCGUACAUCGAUCAAUGUCAAGGCAGAUAACGACGAGGGAGAUGCUACCAUGCACGAGGUGCUGGAUAAUGCACCAACAACUGCCGCGGUCUCCCAAGUGCCGGAACUCCCCAACCGAGGCAAGGAAGCCAAAUCAGAUACCAUAGCACCUGCUGCAUCCGCAGCUCGGAAGCUGGUGAAGACUAUAUUAGACCAGGGGACUGUUUCGCCAUUCCCGCUACCAGUUCGGCCAGUUCUGUGGGAUCAUGCAUCUGCUGUCCAGCUUUACCCACUGCCCACUGCCUUGAUUUUGGCAGACUCGGAGGCCGCUCCUUUCUGCAUGACCUACGAAGGAUGCCAUGUCAUGAAUCCUGGACGCUUCCUUCCUGAUGGUGCUGUUCCAACAGUGAGAUGGAUAGAAUAUGAUGUGCUGCGGAGCCGAGGAAAGGUUAAGGAAGAACGAUAUUAA